AGUAUUUGCAAGAUUUCUUGUACGAAUAGAUUGGAUUACAGCGGCACAUGUAGGCUAUCUGACGUACGUUAUUCAAUUCGCAACACGAGUUUGAUAAACCUUGAACACAAACACGAAAACUAUCGCAUUUUGAAUCUGCGAAGAAGUUACCUAGGGCUACCCCACUUGGGCAAUUCCCCGCAUUCUGUCUAUUAUGAUAGUGAGCGACCGGUGCGGUGACAUGACAUCGGCCUGUCGUAUGGUCGCAAGUCGCCGAGAAUCAGUGACAGGAACAAAGCGAAUGACUAUCGGCAGCAUCGGGUCCAAUCCAAUCGAAUGAAUAACUUGGUGAUAUUCAUUGCCUAAUUUAAAGAGUAACUACGAAGGUAGAACUACCACAAACCCCUGAAAAUCCUGUAUUGUCAAGACCAGUCCAGUCCUAUACACCACCAUGGCGCUACCACUCACAAUGAACGCCGUCGUCUUCGAUGGUCCGUACAAGGUAUCCCUCCAACAAAGACCGGUGCCCAAAAUACAGCACGAUGGCGACAUUAUAGUCAAGGUCAAUACCACGGCCUUGUGUGGUUCUGAACUUCACACCUUCCGGGGCCACCAACCCUCUAACACGGGCUUCAUAAUGGGCCACGAGUUCAGUGGCACCGUGGUAGCAGCGGGGAACGACGUAAAAUCCAUCAAGGUUGGGGAUAAGGUGGUAUCGCCCUUCACCGUGUCUUGUAUGAACUGCUUCUACUGCAAGAAUGGAUAUUCCUCUCGAUGCGACCAUAGUUUAUUGUUUGGUUCGGAGAAACUCGAUGGAGCCCAAGCCGACUAUGUGCGCGUACCUCUUGCAGAUGGUACGGUGAUGAAGGCACCUCCUGAGAUAGAUGACAAUGCAUUGGUUCUCAUGGCGGAUAUAUUCCCCACAGGAUACUUCGGCGCCAGAAAUGCGUUCAAUGCCCUUGGAUCCCAGGACCCAUCUGAAGCUACCGUGGUAGUCAUCGGUUGCGGACCGGUAGGGCUAUGUGCAAUUGUCUCGGCACUAGAGUAUAAGCCCAAACAUCUAUUCGCCAUUGAUAGUGUUGAUAGUCGCCUCGAACUCGCAAAAGGCCUGGGCGCCGAACCCCUGAAUUUUGCGAAGGAUAGACAGGCUAUGAUUACUCGGAUCAAGGAAGUUACAGAGGGUCGAGGAGCUGAUGCUGUAGUGGAAGUAGUCGGUUUGAGUCCUGCAUUGAAGACAGCCUACGACGUCUUAAGGCCUUUCGGCUUCAUAAGUAGCAUCGGUGUCCAUAAUGCUGAGAUCCCAUUUGACGGUAAUGAUGGAUACAAUAAAAACCUGAGGUUGCAAAUGGGAAGAUGUCCUGUUCGUUCGAUAUUCGCUGAUGCACUCAAGGUGAUAGCGAGAAAUCAGCACAAAUUCGGAUUUAUGUUUGAGAAAAUCAUGCCCCUCUCUAUGGCUGUAUCGGGUUACGACCUGUUUGACAAGAUGCAGGUACAAAAGGUCAUUUUCAAGCCGUAGCCUUAAGCCCUAACUAGGAAAUUAUAUUCUUUAGGCGAAGCAAAAUUGCCCAUCCAUGAGACUAGUUCUGUCGAGGUUUGACAAUACCAUCGUGCAUGAAGUAGUACACAACUGUGGAAUCGUCAUGUACUGUAGCAAGCAAAACUCUCUUGACACGACCUGGAGCUGUUGAUUGUGGCAUGGAAUCGAAGACACUCGCAAACGCUCUUAGGGUCCAUUUUUCAGAUAAAUGAACUGGUAAUACCCAUUCAGUAACAGGCGUCUCUGGGAUGCGCUCUUUGGAACUCUUAUGUUUCUUUAGCAUCUCGAUCUGGUCAUCUGGGUGUAGAUAAAGCUGGCGUGGGGGUAAUCCUGAGAUUAGGGGUCUCGGUAGAGGUGAGUUAUCCACGGGAGAAUGAGUUAGGGUUUUCAACUCGGUCCAUUCAUGUUGAUACUGAAGAUUGUCGAAUACCGAAGCCACGAGGUGGUCAAUAUAACUUUUUUCGACCAUUAUGAAAAUUGGUUGAUAUCGAAUUCGUGGUUGUUCGGCGUACAAUUCUUGAUAAAAAUGAGUACCCUUUUGGCAAAUAAACUUAUGUAAGAGCGGUGUAAAUGGGCAUUAAAUGCAUGUUACAC